AUGAGGCUGAUUGUGAAACCACCAGUCCCGCUUGCGAGUCUCUCGCCACCACCUGGAGCCAGCAGUGCUACAUGCGACACGGUCCCAGAGGUUAGUGCCACCAGCUCAAGCACAACAUAUGAUAGUGGUGGAAAUAUGAUCGACCCGUCUUUGUUGGGCAUGCUAGACGUGCAACUCCGGUUGGCAUUAAUUGAAAGCAGGUUGUUUGCCUUCCAAAACCAAGCGGCCAAAUAUCCAGCAUCAACACGGGACGUUGCUGGGGCAGAGGUGAUAGCCAGCAAGAAAGUUGCUUUGAGUGACAAAAAUCUGGGCCCAGGGCACCAGUUUGCUGACCAAGCAAACCAGCUCCUUUGUGGAUUCCCACAUGCAGUGAGAGUGCCGCUGCAGCAUCUCGUCAACCGUGGGACCAAACGUGCACUGGGGAGGAGGCACGGGAGUGGUGGUAGGUUCAUCAUCGUAGGACAGGCGGCACUGAAUGUUCACGUAGUAAUCCUGCAAGCACCAUUCCUUGUUGGGAAACAGCUUCCCAGAGCUUUUCCACCAAUUGCUUGGAACGGCAACUCUUCUUCCUCCGGGGAAGAGAAAGAGAAGCAGAGGAAGACCGUGAAGACUGUUUCCUGCUUUCCUGGGUGCGUCGUCCAUGGCACAGAGACAAGGGGUGAGGAUGCAGACACCACUCUAACAGAGGUUGAUGGGGAAGAGCGUAGUGCAGGAGUGAGGGACGCAAAGCGAUCUGUACAGCUAUGGGAGAGACGUUUCUCAAGCGUGUGCUUAGAGAAAGGAGCACAAAAUUCACAGAAACUGCAGUUCGCCAGUCUCUCCUUGGUGUGCUUUAGUCCUGCUGCUUUUAAAGGCCUAAAGGCCAAGACCUGCACCAAGAGACCCCCUAGCUAUUCCCUUGUCCUGUUCCCUGGGACUUCAACCAUGACAGUGUUUUCUAUACUCUUAACUCCUAAAAGAUAUUUAAGGACCAGUCAUCACACAUCAAGUUCUACAGUCUCUCCUUGUAGUUGUAAUGACAAUGAGUUACAUUUCCAGCAAGAUAUAUUUUGGGACCCAGCUUCUCCACCAGCCAGAUUUGGUAAAGGAGAAAACAAACUUGCAGUCAGUGGACAUGCUGUAGAAAUUUCAGACCUUGUGAAUCGGAUUGCACCCAAGGAUGAAAAACCAGCCGGCCCUGAAGUUCCACUGCUUGAAAUGUGGAUUGGUGACAGUGCAAUUCCAUGCACUCCUCGGGUACUUCGGGCUAAACCAAAAAAAAAUUCCUUUAGGAGCAGUGGUGUGGAGGACCUUAUGAAGUUAGCAAAGCAGUUUGACAGAAAUAUGAUUCAACAAGGUGGUGAACAAUAUCAUGACAAAAAUCUAGAUAAUAUUUUCCAGCAUGAGAAUGAAGACCAGAUGGAAUCAGAUAUGCAUGAAAAAGGUCUUCCUCCUUUAGGUGAACUGACUGGAAUGAAAAAGAUGAGUUCCUUUAAUUCAAAAAAUGCUGGCACACAAGAGGAAAUUCAAAUUAAAAACAGUAGCCAGAAAUCGGUAGAUCAGGAGGCGGAAGCAGAUAUCAAUGCCCUGUUUGAUGCUCCUACUCAGCUCUUGAGUGGUAGACUGAGUCAGAAUUCGUCAAAGUCAUCAUUUUCGUCACCAGAAAGAAAUGGCUUGUUUGGUGCAGAGACUAAUAAUGUUGCAAAAAGUACUUACAAAGGGGACGUGAACUUCAAAUUUAAUAAGACUCCUGGGUUUGAAAUAAAGCUGAAUUCUUACCAAAAUACAACAGAGCAAUGUGCAAUAAAGCACACAACUGUUUCUUCAUCAAAACCACCUAUAAACAGAGCAGAAUUGGCCUCUAAAUCAUCUGUGUCAUCUGUAUCCACAGAUGAUUUUGAUGAUGAUUGGAGCAGUGAUUUGCUUGAUGACUCUUUUGUCUCAGAAAUUACUCAGAACCCUAAGCUUAUUGCAACUCCUAAAAGGACCCACUGUUGUAAACAAACAGGUGCUAAUAUUACCCAAAAUAAUCAGUGUGUGUCUAGGGAAAAGACAAACAAAUGUAUUGAACAUGGCAGCAGCGUGUCUUCUAUGUUGCAUAGUGGUUUAACUGGUAAGGAGUCUCGGCAGCAUGGCAUUGAUAUGAAUCCAGGAGAAUUUCAAAGAAAAAACAAUGCUUUUGAAAAAGUAAGGAAUAGAACUACUUUUGUGCUGCAAAAAAACUUACAGGUCCAAGCAGGUGAGACAAGUGUGGAGAAUAUAUCUAAGCAGACUGCCUUUUGUGCAUCCAAUAAACCUGAACCACAGAAAGACUUGCAUCAACAAAACUUAUAUAAAAAUGAAACAAGGUUCAACAAAGGGUCACCCAGCACGCCUUCUAAAAACACACACAACUUUCAGCAGGUUCAAAGUGUAAAAAGUGCAGGUAGCACAGACAAGACCUUUAAUCAGCAAAGUGCAACAUCUUGUGAUUCUAUGUAUAGGACAUCAAAGCCUGUAUACCCACAUGUCAAAUGUCAACAAGUCAGAGUUGAGGCACCAAAACAAACCACCUUUUCGGUUGAUGACUGCAGUGAAUCCAGAUUCUCAGAUGGAGUUUUAAUAAAUGCUGUUGAUGAGUGUGACAGUCUUUGGGGUGAUGUUGAUGAUGAUGACUUGUUUUAUCAGGUGUGUGAUGAUGUAGACAAGUUGGCUGAGGCUCAAAGCACAGGGCUUAGCACAAACAUUAUGUCAUCUUCUGUGAAAAGGAAUAACUCCCAACCAGUCACCUACCCAAACAAAAUGAAAUCUGGCCCAGCACCAAGUGCUGUUCGAGGAAUGUCUGCUCAAAGCAGUUAUGCUGCUCCUGAAAACCGUUACCAAAACAGAUCUGUGGGAAACGCAACAAAUAAACCUCCAGCUACAAUUAAUCAAGCUAAUUCUGUUCCUACUACAUUUGGAAAUGACUCUCCCAUUAAUGCAACUUCGUCUUUAAACCAGAAAACCUACACUUUGAAUGCAAAUUCAGAUCAGAGUGUGUUUGUGCCUUCUAUUAAUAACAACAAAUCAGAUACUUCAAAGUAUGUAUUUACAAAACUAAGGAGCACUGAAGUUUCAAAAGAACAAUGUAGUAAAAUGACAAGACUUGCCUCUGGAAAUAUAACCUAUAAGCAAAGUUAUGAUAAAGGAACUGUCCAAUCACAUCCAUCUUCCAGUGGAAUUACUGGUGCUUCUUCCAAAAGGCAUCUUUCUGGCUCAAUUGCACUGACAAGUAGUAAAGUUUUUGUAACCAACCAUCGGACUGUAAAAUGCUCUCAAGAAGAGAUUGAAAAAAAGAAACAAGAAGCACUGGCACGAAGACGGAUGAGAAUACAGACAUCUCUUCAGAAUGGUGCGCCAGUGUGAUCAGUAAGCACUUGAGCCGUACCAUUCCAAAGAACUGGAGAGCUGAAGAACUGACUAUACCUGUUUCUGCCAAAUGUCUGGAUUCUGAAUUAAAUCACUGGGAUUAUUUCAGCCUUAUUA